AUGGAGUCACCAUCUAAACGUAAAGGAUCCGUUACUUUUGAUUUACCGCCACCACAGGAAGAGGAAGAGUUAUUAUCUCCUUGCACACAUACAAUCGAUAUACACGCUCAGUCCGUGCCAGAUACGAUGCUCGUCGCCUUGUUUGAUCGCGAUCGAGAAAUAAAAGAAUUAGUUGAACACAACAAGUCGUUCUUUCUAUCGCUUAAAUCCUUUCUGAAUGAUAAAUGGCCUCGAUUUGAAAAUACCUUGUACGUACCAAGAUCUCAGAUGUCAGAUAUUGAGUGGAUUACACGUAUUUCAAAGGCAUUAAAGCCCGUUCCUCCGCUUUUAGAAAAAUUUAAAGAGCUAGUGGGCUAUUUGGGUGAAGAUGAUAGUCAAGGUAAAUACGAAGAAGAAGAAGAAGAAGGUCAGCCAAAGGUUGAAUUGGCGCGUAUAAGAGACAGACUCGACCGUCUCUCACGGGAAGCAUAUCCACAGUUUUAUAUUAAUUGCGAGCAAGCAAUGUCCAAAAAUGAAUAUGACGCAUUUAUACAUACUUUAUUUCAUACAGCAGAAAUAGAUGACGCUACGUGGGAGAAAAAGAUACGUGAACAGUUAAAGCCAUGGCAAAAUAUACUUGAACAAUUAGAGGAAAUUGUUGCUUAUGAAAUAGACGAGUAA